AUGGAUAAGGUCCAGUCAAUUCUUUCAAUAAAAAUUUGUGGUGCCAAAAAUCUACCAAAAAUGGAUUUAAAUGGUUAUGCUGAUCCAUAUUGUGAAAUUGUAUUUGAAAAUCAAGUUGUUUAUAAAACAAAUAUUAUAAAGAAAACUUUAAACCCAACAUGGAACGAUGCUCAUUAUAAUUUACUUGUUCAUGAAUCAAAAAGCAAAUAUGAUUUAACAAUAAAACUUUGGGAUUGGGAUAAAACUUCUAAAAAUGAUUUUAUUGGACAAGUUACUAUUCCAAUGGAGGAGCUUUUACAAACACCAAUUCAAGAUAAAUGGUUAAAUGUUUCCAAAGUUAAAAAGAAUGGCAAAAUUAAAGAAAGAGGUGAGGUUCAUAUUUUAACCAAGGUUAUUUCAGAACAUGAGGUUUAUGAUACCUUUGUUUCAAGUAUUUCAAAACAUUUCUCCCAUACAGAGGAUGAAACAUUAAAUAUUGCAGAUUUUACUGGUUUAAUCACAACUUUAAACCCAGAUUUCCCAGAGACUGAAAUUGAAGAGCUUUUUAAAAAAACAGAUGCAGAUCAAAAUGAAACUAUUUCAGUUUCUGAACUUAAAGAAUUAUUUACAAAUACCCUUGAAGGAAAGAAAUUAAUAGAAACACUUCUUCAAGAUAACACAGAUUUAAUUUGGGAAGCAUAUCAAGUUUCUGAUUCUUAUUCCACUAUUGCUGAUAAUAUUUUCCAUAAGGAUAUGGGUGGUACAUUAAAAUCAACAGAUAAGGGUAGAAAAGUUAAGGUUAUUUAUGUUCAUAAUAGAGAAACUGGUAAAUUAGAAGAAGAAAAGAUUCCACAUUAUAUUGAAGUUAGUUUAAGAAUUAUGUAUUCAACAUCAACAGGUAGAACAGCAAUUGGUAACAGCCAAGUUAAACGUCUCAUGAGAUAUUUAACAAAUAAAACAGGUAGAAAAUAUGAAUCAUUAGAAAGUGUAAAAGAAAUUGCUCCAUUCAUUAAAUUCCACAAUUUAAAUACUGACGAAAUUUUAGACCCAAUUAAUUCAUUUAUCAAUUUCAAUCAAUUCUUUUAUAGAAAAUUAAAACCAUCCGCUAGACCAAUUGCCGAACCAAAUAAUUCAAAAAUUGCAGUUUGCCCUGCUGAUUGUAGAUUAAAUGUAUUCUCAACCAUUAAAAUUUCAACAGAGCUUUGGAUCAAGGGUAAAAGCUUUUCAUUACAAUCCUUGGUUCAAGAUGAAAAAUUAGCACAAGAGUUUGAAGAUGGUUCUUUGGUUAUCGCUAGAUUGGCCCCACAAGAUUAUCAUAGAUUCCACGUACCAGUUGAUGGUGUUAUUGGCAGAUCAAUACCAAUCGAUGGUGAAUUAUAUACUGUUAACCCAAUUGCCAUUAGAGAGAAUGUCGAUGUCUAUUGCGAAAACAAACGUGUUGUUACAGAAAUCAUUUCAAAUGAAUUUGAAAAGGUAUUAUUUGUCAGUGUUGGUGCAACUCUUGUUGGUUCCAUUCAAUUAACAAAUGCCACUCCUGGUCAAAAAGUAAAGAAAGGUGACGAACUAGGUUAUUUCGCUUUUGGUGGAAGUACCAUUCUUUUAUUAUUCAAAAAGAAUACAAUCGAAUUUGACAAUGAUUUAUUGGUAAAUAGCUUAAAACCAAUUGAAACAUUAGUCAAAGUUAAUACUUCAUUAGGUAAAAGUUUAUUACAAUAA